CCGAGUGCUAUGACCUCAUUCGCUUUUCUUCUACUGUGGAAACACUAACCACCAACACUUGUGAGUUUGAAAAGUCCACCCUUUUAUUUAACGAGAAAUCAAACUGUUUUGCAGAAUCUAGAUUCGUAUGUACAGAUCCAAUAUUUUUAUUGCAACUACAUAUUCACUUCUUCAAUAUUUGUUUUAAGCCACAGACCGUUUCUAACAGUAAUUCUAAAUUUACAAAACUGAUACCUCCGUGUGAGAAAGGGUGGGUGGGGCCUAAUGUGACACAAAGAUACACUUCCUCUUCUCUAGAUGGUGAAAACAUUGGCCAACCUCUACAAGAGGAAGAUCAUUUUGUGAGGUUAAAACGGUAGAGAGCUCAGAACCGCAUGUAGAGAAUUGUUGAAUUUGUGUGCGUUUUCCUGUUUGGACAUAGUGUACAGAUUUUCUCUCACUGAUGAUGUACUGUAGAGUGACCGUGUGGCUAAAGAUGUGUCAGUAAAGCUUUUAGAGUCUGAGUGUCGGUAGGGUGAUAGUAAUGGAGGAACCAGUUCCAAGCAAGGAUUCUUCUCAAACAACAGAAGUCAGGAGGGUACAUCCCAAAUCUGAAACCAAAAGAUACAGUGAAAUCUUCAGAGAUUUUGAUAACCUUGAUCUUUCUAUUAUUUCUUAUGAAUCAGAGGAUCUUCUGGGAGACAACGAUUCUCAGUCCAUCUCAGAUUCCCUUUGUACGGAACAGAAUGACGACUCUAUACAGGCUGAAUCUGAAGAUGUGGAUGGAAGCCAAACAGCCCAGGAAGCAGACUUGGCCCUCUGUCGAUGUGAAGAUGGAGUGGAGACAGCUCUGCAGUAUGCCAAGAUGUGGUGCCGCUAUGCCAAAGACCUGCUCUCCUGGAUGGAGAAGAGAAUCAGCCUGGAACAAGAGUUUGCAAAGAAUGUGAUAAAAACAGCCGAGGGGGCCAAAACCAACGUUUGGCAACAGGAAAUGAUGCCACUACAAUACAUCUACAACAUGGCUCUAGAGCAAGACAUCAAGAAUAGUGUGACCUCCCGAAAGACUUCCGAGCUGCUUCAAACACGUUGCUAUCAGGCUUUGGCUGCAAAGAGGAAUGAGAUCGAUAAGUGGCGCAGAGAGUUUAAAGAACAGUGGUCAAGGGAACAAAGGAAGAUGAAUGAUGCAGUGACAGCUUUGAAAAAAGCCAGGCACCAGUACUUCCAGCGCAGCGAGGACCUAGAAAAGGCAAAGGUGGUUUCUGCUAAAGCUGUGGAUGACACAGCAGGAAGCAAAACCCUGGAUAAAAGGAGGAAAUCCAAGGACGAAGCCCAGGCAAAGGUAGUAGAGGCUGAGAUUCAGUACCGACAGUGUGUGAGUGAUGCCAAGAUCCACCAAGACGAAUUAGUGAAGGUUAAGGAGAGAAUUAUUUCUCACAUUCGCAAGCUCAUUUGUCAAGGAGACACUGUGCUCAAAGAGGCCACAGUCAACAUGUUCUACUUCCAACGGCAGCAAACGGAGCCGGUCCCUCUUGGCUAUCACAACCUGGAGAUGACAUGCAGAUCCCUGGAGCCCGGCGAACCCUAUCUGCUGUAUAUUCUGAGCAGACGUCGUCCUGAGCAGUUGCUACAAACAUUCACCUUUCAAGAGUUCAUUCCACAUGGAAAAAGAAACAAAAGAAAAACUAGUGCCCCAACCUCUGUGCAGGACUCAUCUCUUUUGGUAGAAGAUAAUUCUUUCAGACGAACUAGUGACAUAAAGAAAAUAGGACACAGUGACUGUGAAAGCAUUGGAGGCAGCUUGGAAUCAUUAUCCAGUCCUGCUCACAGGAGACUGCCUAAAACAGCGUCCACUAUCACAGUGUCGUCAGACGAUCUGGACGAGAAAGAUGUGGGGUCAGAAUCAGAGUAUGUUGAUGUUCAAUCUGUGAAGUCACGGAUGUUUUCUCAAGCUGCACUUACUCACCGGCUAAAGAAACUGAAAACCAAGAUGAUCAAAUGCAGGCAGUGUGACAACUACAUAGUCGUCAGUGGACUUGAAUGUGAGGAGUGCGGGGUGGCUUUGCACAGGAAGUGUAUGGAGGUGUGUCAAAUCGAGUGUGAGCACAAGAAAGGGACCGUGUUUGGAGUGGACCUCUCUCUGCUCUCAGACUCGGCAGAUGAAGUGCCAUUCGUCGUGACGCGCUGCACUUCCGAGAUCGAAAGUCGGGCUCUCUCUGUCCAGGGUGUGUACCGAGUGAGUGGAUCCAAACCUCGCAUUCAAAAGCUCUGUCAGGCCUUUGAGACGCAGAAGGAGCUGGUGGAUCUUUCUGACAACUCACCGCAUGAUAUCACCUCCAUGCUUAAGCACUUCUUUAAAGAGCUUCCAGAACCCUUGUUAACCUUUGACCUGUACAAUGACUUUAUCGUGAUGGGAAAAGCCAUUCAGCAUCUGUGUGAAAAGGAAACAUCCCCUGGUCCUAAUGAGAUCAUGGACAUCGUGCACGACCUCCAAAAACUCCUGAAGAGGCUCCCUACACAUUCCUACAGCACUCUGCAGCACGUCAUUUCCCAUCUGCUGAAAGUUUCAGAGAACCACGAAAAUAAGAUGUCCCCCAGCAAUCUAGGAAUAGUGUUUGGACCAACAUUGUUGCGCCCUCUAGUGUCCGCAGAUAUGUCAAUGAUUGCCAUCUUGGAGACGAGCUACCAGUCGAUGCUUAUUGAGUUUCUCAUUACACACUACGAUAAGAUUUUUGGCCCAAAGAGAACACUGAGUACUCCCCCUCCACCGGCACCCACGGCGCCCCUUCCAGACACCCCACCCAGAGCUUCUUGCCCACUGGAUGGAGAAGCUGAUGGCAACCUGGAAAAUGUCACCUCGUCCAAGCAGAGGCCACGCUCAGCUGAAAGCCGAACUCUCAAGAGAGACUCGAGCGAGGGUUAUAUAUCUGACAAGUCUUCAUCCAAUGAGGCAGUGGACCAGCUCAGCCCUGAAUCCACUGAGAGAGCAGUUAUGGCUAUGAGAGUAGCAUUGAAGGAUGUGGAGGAAUCUGCCUCAGAUUUGACCACUCAACCACACUAUCGCUUCACGAGACAGCCUGUCAAGUACCAGCGGCAUCAUAAUUUGGGGCCCCGGCUCGUUAAUCCAGAUCGUGCAAAAAAGCAGCCAGCAGCUCCACUAAGGGAUUAUCAAGGGAGUGCAGACAGCAGCCGCAGCUCUUCUCCAGAUCCAGGAACGCAGAGACUUUCCCAAACUUUAGAUGGCCACAGUAAGAACAUUCAACAGUCCCAUCAAGGUGCUGCUGCUACAGAAGGAAAAACGGAAGUCCCACUUAGCCCUCGGGAGGUCGCUCAGUACAUGCUGGGUUUGGAUUCAGCUUUUACACAACCCCAAGCGGUGGGAUCAUCAACUCAGAGGUCAAGUCAAGGAGUAACAGCUGGGCAGCUAACGGAUCAAAGUGUAAAUAUCAACAAUAAUCGGCACAGCACUGAAAAAAAGAGUCAAAAUCUUACACCAAAGAGCAUUCAUCUGGAGCAAAACAAAACCUCUCCUGCCCAGAAGAUUCUGUCUGGUCUGAGGUUGAGACGCAGCAGCUCAGGUAAAGACGAGCAGCUGUUUGUCUGAGGAAAAAUUCUCAGAAACUGGACUGUAGAUAUGCUCACUGUAUUGCAACAUUAACUCAGGUCUGCCAGAGAUUCCUGUUAAUGUAUUCAUAUAGUUCAAACAUGCUUUUUGUAUUUUAUUCUCAGAUUUAACUUUACAUCCAAAAUUCUAACUGUAGAAAAGAACACUGUACAAAAAUAUGUUCAUAUUUACUUUUAGAACAGUAAACAUUUCAUUUUAUUACCCUAAUGCCACCUAUACUUUGACGUGUUCAGCAUCUCAUGCAGACCAUUUCAUGUAGAUGAUCUUAUUUCUAUAUUGUUUUGAUAUAACAAACAGAUAGAAAUUGAAGGUAUGGCAUUUAUUAUUAUUCUUUUAUUUUAAAGAAAAUGCUUUUUUGUAUUUGUUGGGCUUCUUAUUGUCUCGGGAUAAAAAUCUGGCAGACAAAAGCACAUUUUAUUAUUGUGUGUGUACUGUCUCUGUUUUACCACAAGAGGGCGGUCUUUCAGCUUGAGAGAACACCAUGUCAAACAAAAGAGAGCCAAUAAACUGUUUAUUUGUUA